GUACACGUUAGAAAAACAAAACAAAAAUGUCAAGGACGUAAAAUGACGUCAAAAAAAUGUGUGUCACAUGACGGGCACCUGUCAAUACCAAAACAAAAUUCCUAAAAUAAGAAAGGUCACAUAGUGCACAUUUUGUUUUAACUGUACAUUGUUGUACAUUGUUGUCACGGUAAAUAAAGAUCUGAAAAAUUCUGAAAAGAAAAGUAAAUGCUGUAUUAUUAAUACGCAACAUGUACUUUAUUUGGUAAUUUAUGUUGAAACUGGAAUUAGUAUUUCACGUAUAUUUUUUCAGGGAUGCAGAUAUUAAUGGGAAUAAACCAGCUUCCUGAUUAUUCCUUUUACUGGUCCAAUAAUAAGUAUUUAGGGAAUCAGGGGUUUAAAGAAGUCAUGUCAGUAAAACGGUAUGAAAAGCUCAACCAAUAUAUCCAUUGUAAUGAUAUAGAAACUGAUGUCCCUGUAGACCAACCUGGGCACGAUAAGCUCCACAAGAUACGCCCUCUUAUUGAUUCAUCUCUCCAAAACUUCGCAGCACGAUACAACCCAAAUAAAAACCAAGCCAUUGAUGAAGCUAUGGUGGCUUAUAAAGGAAGAUCGGUAGCCAAACAGUAUAUACCAUCAAAACCCACCAAAUGGGGAUUCAAAGUGUGGAUGAGGUGCGAUAGUAAAUCUGGAUAGUGUCACAAGUUUGAUAUUUAUAUGGGAAAGGAGACGGCUGUUGAUAGUACAAAGGGUUUAGGACAUCGUGUUGUGGAGAAAUUGGCUGAAGAUCUACAUCAUAAAAACCAUCAUUUGUAUUUUGACAGUUACUUUACCUCAAUACCAUUAUUGCAAGAUCUGUUAAGCAAUGGAAUAUAUGGAUGUGGAACCAUUCGACAGAACAGAAAAGGCUUUCCACAAGAUUUAAAGAACGCCCCGAGGAUGCAAACUGGCCAGUUUGUAGGAAGACAAACAGACAAUAUGGUGGGCGUUGUUUGGAUGGACAAGAAACCAGUUGAUGUUGUGGCUUCCAAUGAGUCAUUGAUUGAGGUAGAUACAACAAACCGGAGACAGAAAGAUGGGACAAAUGCCCGCGUUACAAGGCCGCGCGUAGUUACAAAUUACCAGGAAAAUUUCAGAGGGGUUGACAUCUCUGAUCAAUUACGUGCAAAAUAUUCAAUUGGUAGGCCAUCUAAAAAAUGGUGGAAAUAUUUAAUGAAUUUCAUAAUAGAUCUUUGUAUUGUGAACUCAUUUAUUGUAAAGGCAGAAACAGAGGUUCCGCAAGUAGCCCGUACUAAAAAGAGGUAUAGGCAAUUGGACUUCAGGAUAAAUUUGUCAACACAACUUAUAGGGAAUUUCGCACGAUUGAGGACACCAGCACCACCAAUGAGACCGCGAGCAACACACGCUCAUUUGAAAUUGGGCCGCAAACGUUCCACAUGCAAACUUUGCACAAAAACAGGAGAGAAGAAGCGUAAAACAACACAAAUGGGAUGUGAAAAAUGUGAUAAACAUUUAUGUUCAGCUGAAUGUCACAACACAUUCCAUGUUAAUAUUGGGAUCGGAGUUGUCACGGAAGAAUAAUGAGUCAGAAUGAUUUGAAAUUAUAGAGCAAUUCAUGUUGUGCAUUUGAAAACACAUAUCAAACUUGCCAACAUUUGUUAUAAAUACCAUUAACAUAUACUUCUU